CAACGUUAGACCGUCUCUGUACCCUCUAAAUCAAUCAUCUCUAUUCUCUGCUACAUAGCAGCUAAAUUCUCGACCUUUCAUGGCGGAUUAAACUCUAAAAUGGAGAAACUCCCUUCGAAGAAAACCCACCUUUCAAUUCAAGACUGGGAAUCUCUCAUCGACGACUUUCAACAAGGUGAUACUCAUCGAAUUGAGAAAUGGACUUCUUCAAUUACUCCACUCUCUCUCCUCGAACUUGCUCUCUCCUCUCUCUUGAAGAAAGACUUCCCUCUCUCUCUAAAAAUCCACCUCCUCAUCUUCCUCGACGAAUUCGCCGAUCAAAUCUUCAUCUCCGACGAAAACCACGAGGAAAUUCUCAGUGGAUUGAUUGAAACCCUAAAACUUGUAAUUCAAUCCCCAAUUGAUGGAAUCUCGGUAACUUACUCACUUAAGGAGCAGAUUCUUGUGUCAGCGACUUCAAUUACGAUGACAAUUCACUCAAUUAGGGGUGGGAUUAGGGUUAGGGUUUGUAAGUCUCAAUUGGGGGGGUUAGUUGCGAUUCUAUUGACUAUUGUUAAUCGACCGAACCAUGGGGUUGAUCGGCAGACGCGGGCAGUGGCUUGCGAGUGUUUGAGAGAGUUGGAGAGAGAAUUUCCAUGUUUGUUAGCUGAAAUUGUGGGGCAUUUAUGGGGGCUUUGUAAGAAUGAACGAACUCAUGCUUCUCAGAGCUAUGUUUUGUUGCUGUUAGAGGUAAUUCAUCACAUUGUUGUUUGUAAAUUGAAUGUUGCGUCUGUUUUUAGUACUGCUGUUCCUUUAGUGCCUUUUAAUGUUCCGAUGUGGAUGACGAUGGCUAAUGAUGAUGGGGAGGAUAAUGGGGAGGAGGGUUUGCAUUAUGGAGCUGAAUUAUCGGGUUUAGUUUCGAAGGAGUUGAAGCGGGUGAUGGCAUUUUUGUUGGAGUGGCCGCAGGUUUUGACUUCGUGUGGGAUGGUGGAGUUCAUGUCUAUGAUGAUGCCAUUGGCAGUUGGGUUGGAGCUUCAGAGCUCUUUGUUGAAGGUUCAGUUUUUUGGGUUGCUUUAUAAUUAUGAUCCUUUGCUUUGGCAUGUUGUUUUGAUACUUUGUAGGAGGUUUUUGGAUACAUUUGAUGGGCAGGAAGCUGAGAUUUGUAGGCGCCUUGUGUUGGUCUCUAAGGAAGGACAACAACCUCUGGUGUUUAGGUUGCUCGUUCUUCAUUGGUUGUUGGGUUUUGUUAAGUUGGUGUCUGAAAAGGAUGUUGGGAAACAGAGGUUAGUUAUUGGGUUGAGAUCAAAAUUCUACCCGAAUGUAUAUGAUGCGCUCGCCUUGAAGUCUUUAAAGCUAGAUUUGCUUGCAUUUUGCUCUGUCAUCAUUGAUUCAGCGCUGAGCCACGAUGAGUUUUCAGGGAAGUCUGUUGUGAAGUAUUUUGAAGAUGGUCUUGUAUGUGUAGCAGGGUUCAAAUGGCUGCCUCCUUGGAGCACAGAGACAGCAGUUGCUUUCAGGACCUUCCACAAAUUUGUCAUAGGUUCGUCAUGUCAUUCUAAUGCUGAUCCUUCUGCCAGCAAAGCUAUCAUGGAGUCUGCAAUCUUCCGUGCUAUACAGACAAAGUUGGUGAACUUGCUAUUGGAUUUCCAGAAGUUGGUACCUGUGGUAGUUGCUUUAAUUGACCGAUUAUUGAGCUGUCAAAGGCACUGCUGCUUGGGGGAGAAGCUGCUCCAGACCAUUGAUGAACUUCUACUUUCUAAAGUUGUCAUAAAUUAUAGAUUGUCUUCUUACUUCCUCAUAUUUGAUAGAAUUGGAAAAAAUGAUUCUGUACCUCCUAAAAAAUUGCUCGAGUUGCUUACCAAGUUCACGAUAUUCCUAGUUGAAAAGCACGGUCCAGAAACUGGAUUAAAAUCAUGGUCCCAAGGAAGCAAAAUCCUUGGUGUUUGCCGAACAAUGCUUUUGCACCACCACAGCUCUCGCUUGUUCAUGCCACUCUCUCGUCUUCUUGCAUUUACCUCUCUUUAUUUUCCUGAUCUUGAGGUUCGUGAUAAUGCAAGGAUAUACCUACGCCUGUUGAUAUGCAUACCUGGGAAAAAACUCAGGCAUAUGCUGAACCAUGGGGAUCAUUUGGUUGGAAUUUCACCAGCACCACAUGCUAGUUCCCUCUUUAAUGUCCAAUCUCCUCGGUUAUCUGAAGAUCUUAAGAAAUCCAGAAGUAUUUCAUCUUAUAUCCAUCUUGAGCGGUUAAUUCCACUGCUCGUGAAGCAAUCUUGGUCAUUGUCUUUACCUGCUUUAGAUUAUGAGAAUGGCUAUGUUGAAGGAAUAAAGGAUAGUGAACCAGAGAUGAAUGGCAAAGCUCCCAGUGGCAACAGCACUUCCGAGUCUGUCCCCGACAUUAAAAGAAUAGAUCAUCCUCAAGAGCCUCUGCGAGUCAUGGAUUCCAAAAUUUCAGGGAUUGUGGACAUAUUAAGGAAGCAUUUUGCUUGUAUUCCUGAUUUCAGGUACAUGUCAGGGAUCAAGAUUAGAAUACCCUGUACUUUGAGGUUUAGAUCUGAACCUUUCAACCGCAUAUGGGGAUCAGACUCUUCUGGGGAUAGUGCUAAUGAAAUGGAUUCUCUUCCUGCAAUGUAUGGAAUAGUUGUGAAGUUCUCAUCCUCAGCUCCGUAUGGUUCUAUUCAAUCAUAUCAUAUCCCAUUUCUUCUCGGUGAAUCAAUCUCCGAGAGCCUCCCAAAGAAAGAAUCAUUGGACAUUGUUCUUGUUGGAACUUCUCCCAGUGAGAAGUCAGUCUCUAGGUCACCCGUUACCAUUGAAUUAGAACCGCGGGAACCUGUGCCAGGUCUUGUGGAUGUUUCACUUGAUGCGAAUGCAGAAAAUGGUCAGGUUAUCCAGGGGAAGCUUCAGGGGAUCUCAGUUGGUAUUGAAGACAUGUUCCUCAAAGCUGCUUCCCCAGCCGAAAUCCUGGAAGAUGCACUACCUGGAUAUUACUCACACCUUUUUGAUGCUUUGUGGGAGAUAUGUGGCACUUCGUCCAGUGCAGGUCGGGAGACAUUUUCUCUUAAAGGCGGGAAGGGGUCUGCAGCAAUCCAUGGAACACAAUCAGUUAAGCUUCUCGAAGUUCCUUCAACCUUUGCAAUUCGUGGUGUUGAACGAUAUUUAGCCCCCUUUGUUGUGGGUGUGAUUGGUGGACCUCUUGUUGAGGUUGUGAAGGAUAGUGGUUUUAUCAAUGAUGUUGCAUGGAUAGAUUCGUUACCGGAUUCUGCUUAUGAGAAUAGCUCAAUUGCUAAUCCUUAUGGAGGUCCACUAUAUUUGACAUACUCUGAAUAUGAAGAUGAUAGUGAGAUCACCAUUGGUAAGAGUAAGACAAACAUGGGUUGCUUUCUUGUGUUGAUAUUCCUACCACCCAGGUAUCAUCUCCUCUUUCGGAUGGAAGUUUCUGAUAUUUCCACAUUGGUCCGAAUCAGAACAGAUCACUGGCCUUGUUUAGCCUACAUUGAUGAUUAUUUGGAGGCUCUUUUUUCUUCGUAGACGGGGUAGUUUUCCUCUGUUGCUAAUUGCUAUAUUCAGCUGAGAAUGGAAUCCUUUCUGCACAGAUUUUGCGUUCAAAAUCUUUUCCCAGAUCUUUUUUCACUUGGGAAAAUAUUCUUUUUGCAUCAGAAAUAAAAGCUGUACAUAUUUGAGUCUCACUCUUGUAGCUGCAUUUUUGUACCAAUAAAUUUUGUACAUUCAUUUCUGGGAGGUGAAAUCUCAAUAUUUUGGGAUAUCUUUCCCUGAGUACAUGUAACUCUUUCAACUUUUGGUAUGUAUCUGGCUGUUGAUUAUCCGAUGCAGCAUAUUUUGAA